CAUUACAGUAGUAAUUAUAAGAUAUAUCAAUCAACGAUAGUCGAUAAAAAAAACGUGUUGACAGUCAUGCCGUACUUCUGUUUAGAAACUAAUGUUCCUGAUGAAAAAAUACCCGCCGAUCUACCAGCAAAAUUAUGUGAAGUAAUGGCAGAAUCUUCAGCAAAACCAUUGGAUGUUUGCUGUGCUUCAGUGACUGGAGGAGUCAAAAUGUCUUGGGGAGGCAAUAAUGAACCAGCUGCACUAGCUACAUUUGUUGGUCUCGCCGCCAUCGGGGUUAUAGGAGUAGAAGAGAACAAAAAACAUACUAAGGCAUUCACUGAUUACCUAACGAAAUCAAUUGGGAUAAGGGCAGACAGGAUAUAUAUUACUUUUAUUGACGCGAAGACAAGUGGGUUGGGUUCCAAAGGAACAACUUAUCAUGAAAUAUAUGGAUUUUAA